GCGAAGACGAGUGCUCACCUCGGACCCUGCCCUCGCCCAGACAACACCCAAACUCACCAAACACCCCAAAAGGACCGACCCGCCGACAAAGCGCGCAAGAUGGCAGCUCAAGUCGUAACCGUUGGCGAGAGCACCGAGCUCCGCGGUCUCAACCUGAUUGCCGCCCACUCGCACAUCCGCGGCCUGGGCGUCGACCCCGACACCCUCGAGCCCAAGGCCGCCUCCCAGGGGCUCGUAGGCCAGGAGAAGGCGCGCAAGGCUGCCGCCGUCAUACUGGAGAUGAUCAAGCAGGGCAAGAUUGCCGGUCGCGCCGUCCUGAUCGCGGGUCCUCCCAGCACCGGAAAGACGGCGCUUGCCAUGGCCAUGGCCCAGUCCCUAGGCACCGACGUCCCCUUCACCACCCUCGCCGCGUCCGAGAUCUUCUCUCUUGAGAUGUCCAAGACGGAGGCGCUCACACAGGCCUUCCGCAAGUCAAUUGGCGUGCGGAUCAAGGAGGAGAGCGAGAUUAUGGAGGGCGAGGUCGUCGAGAUCCAGAUUGACCGCAGCGUCACGGGCGGCGCCAAGCAGGGCAAGCUCACCAUCAAGACAACCGACAUGGAGGCUAUCUACGAUAUGGGUAGCAAGAUGAUUGAUGCUAUGACAAAGGAACGCGUGAUGGCGGGUGACAUUAUCUCGAUAGACAAGUCAUCUGGAAAAAUCACCAAGCUCGGCCGGUCGUAUGCGCGAUCCCGCGACUACGACGCCAUGGGCGUCGACACAAAGUUUCUGCAGUGCCCAGACGGCGAGCUGCAGAAGCGCAAGGAAGUCGUCCACACAGUGACACUCCACGAGAUCGAUGUCAUCAACUCGAGGACCCAAGGCUUUUUGGCCCUCUUCUCGGGCGACACUGGCGAGAUUCGGAGCGAGAUUCGCGACCAGAUCAACACCAAGGUCGGCGAGUGGAAGGAGGAGGGCAAGGCCGAGAUUGUGCCCGGCGUCUUGUUCAUUGACGAGGUUCACAUGCUCGACAUCGAGUGCUUCUCCUACGUCAACAGGGCGCUCGAGUCGGACCUGGCCCCCGUGGUUAUCAUGGCUAGCAACAGGGGUGUCUCACGCAUCCGGGGAACCGACUACAAGAGCCCCCACGGGCUGCCGCUGGAUUUCUUGGACCGCGUGUCCAUCAUCAACACGCACUCGUACACGCCCGACGAGAUCCGCCAGAUCCUCUCGAUCCGCGCGCAGGAGGAGGAGGUGGAGCUGUCGCCGGACGCGCUGGCCCUGCUGGCCAAGAUCGGCCAGGAGGCCGGGCUCCGCUACGCGAGCAAUCUCAUCACAACGUCGCAGCUGAUCUCCGCCAAGAGGAAGGCCAAGCAGGUCAGCAUCGAGGACGUGCAGCGGAGCUUCAAGCUCUUCUACGACCCCGCCCGCAGCGUCAAUUUCGUGGGCGAGUCAGAAAAGCGCCUCAUCGGCAACGACGGGGCCGUCGACUUUGUCACGAACGGCCACGCCGCCGAGACCAUGGAUACAAGUUAGAUCAUUCGCAGGGAAUAGAAAUCGGUGGCUAUGUGGGCGUUCUAUGGUGGGGGGGCGGGGGCGGGAAAAAUCAUGUCUUUUUUUUCUUGUUUGUAUUUCUCUCUCUUUCUUUAAAGAGGAGAGAGAUAAUUUUGGGGAAACUAACUUAUUCAUGUAUGUACAGCACGGCGCAGUCCUGCGUUAAUGGCCCUGGCGAUGAAACCGAAUCCAAGCUUCUGACAUUUUUUAGUCUAGUUUGCGCCGUGCGCUGAGCGCCAUGCGGCAUAAAUGAGUGCCACAACAUGGAUUAGAUACACACAUCCGCCUGAAAAGAAUUUUCUAGAUAUUGAUGGGUGCUGUGGCGUCCCUAAGCUCGAGAAGUUCAACUA